AUGAGUGUACAUCCCGUCCCUCCUUUGGGAAUACCUACUACUUUGACAGCGAUCACUGGAAAGAGGGUUAAGCCCAUUGAAACGUGUGAUAAUUGCAAGACACGUAAAGUAAAGUGUGACAAAGAGCGUCCUCAGUGUGGUACCUGUCGUAAAUCUAAACGAGAAUGUAAAUAUGAGCUCUCUGAAUCAUCAAAGCGUGGUCGACCGAAAAACGAAGUUGAAAUUUUACAAGAGCAGAUCGAGGACAUUCAAAAUAUACAGUAUCACCAGUUGAAUCAAGUGGAAUCUCUACUAAAAAUGGCUGUAUUACCUGGUGCUCAAGAAACAAUUUCUAUGGGUGGUGAUAAUAAUGCUCUAGGAAUGAAUUUUAUGAUGCCAAAUAAUUCUGAUCAAAUUAAUGGAAAUUUUUCUACCGAUGAAGGGUGGAACAAUUUUUAUCCUCCUUUAACAAGAGAAGAAAGUCCUCCGCCAAGUUUAAAUCUGGAUCUUUCAGGGGAUACCUUGAUGUUUUUUACGGAAUUUAAACCAACAAAAUCCGAUUUACCAACUCAGGACAUUCCAGAUACUAUCCCAAUUACAUAUGAUGCUGACAUCGCCCAUCAAUCAGAAGAUCCUGUAGAUCAACUUGCUGCAAAAUUUAAAUCUUCCUUAUAUGUUGGCCCUUCAUCUUUAUUAACGUUAAAUGAUGACGGAGAAGAACAACUCAUACCUCAAAAUGAUUUUUCCGAUUUAUCAUUAGUUGAAGAUCAACUAAAAGUUUUACCAGUUCCUGAAAUUGCAGAAAGUUUGAUUGAUGUCUACUAUCAGACAGCGUAUCGACACUAUCCACAUUUAAAGAAAAAAGUUGUACUUGACUGUUUUAAAGAAUUAUCGAGGCCACAACAUUUCCUUUUACUCAAUAGUGUGUUUUUCGCAGCUUCUCCAUUUCAUCCUGACACGAAUUUACCAUUAUUACAAACCCAUUGUCUUAAAACUCCACACGUCUUAACUGUUAUUAGUUUGUUCAUACUUGGACUUCACGUUAGAAAGACAGGAAUUGUAUGGAUAUAUAAUGGAAUUGUAUCCAAAAUGCUAUUCGAAUUAGGAUUGCAUCGUAAAGUCAAGAGUGAUCAGAUUAGUGACGAAGUUAAAGAAAUGAGAGAUAUGGCAUUUUGGGGUUUCUUGGCUUCUGAAACUUGGCUUUCAGCUUGUUAUGGUCGUCCAAGUGCUAUAGAUGAGUCCACAUGUGACGUUGAUCUCCUUCCAAUACCAUCAGAUCCAAAUCCAGAUGAAGAAACUCGAUUGCAUAUAGCUUGGAUCUUACAUAUUAAUUUGUUACGCAUUUUUGCUCAAGUUCGUAAGUAUUUACAUGGUUGGACAAAAAUUGCUGGCAGUAGUCGGGAGGAAAAUCAAUUUCGUUUUUUAGAUGCAACGUUAGGGAAGUGGUUUUAUACUUUACCACAUUGGCUAAAAUUUGAGGAAAUGGCACAAGAUCCAAAAGGAAGUUUCUUAGGCGCAAUAGGAGGGGAAAUGCAUACUCUUUUCUGGAUUGUACUUAUUCUUCUUCAUAGUCGAAAUCUUACCAUGUUCACUUCGGAUCAUUCGUUGGAUGAUUCAAAAUUGCCUUCUCAAACUAUUUGUGUUCAUGCUGCAAUAAUUCUUCUUCAUUGUCUUGAUGUGCUUAUGAAUACUGUACCAAAUUUUUAUGAACAAUCUUGUACUGCUCUUUUUGCGUUUGCACCUGCCAUACGUGUGUUAUCAUGGACUGCUAAAUGUGGUGAUUCUAAAGCAAAACAUAUGGUACAAAGGUUAAAUGAGAUUAAAAAAGAAGUUGCUGUUAUUGCAAGGCAAAGAUUUGUUGAUCAAACCACAGGUGAAGGUAGAUUAGAUGGUGAAGAAAAAUUAAAAGGAAGUUUAUCCAAAUUUAAGGCGUACGAAGAACAAGCGACGCUUGAUUCUGAAAAACAAAAAGAUACUUAUAUAAAAUAUCGAAAAUCCCCUAUACCUACGUGGGGUGAUGAUACAAAUGACUUCCAAUUUACUUUCAAUUUACCUGAUAAUUUUAAUAAUUCUCAAUAUUUAUCACCACAAAGUUCUAUUGGUGGUGAUCAACAAAAUUAUCAACAAUCGACUAUUGACAAUUUAACUACUUCAAAUACUUUUUAUGAUUCUAUUUCAUCUCAAAACGCUUCCACUUCCAUUUUUACAAAUCUUUCAGUACCGCAAAAUCCUGAUUUAUCUUAUAAUCAACAAACUCAUAUGCCCAUUUUUGGUAAUAAUGACUUUAAUUUUUAA